GGGGGCAGAGGGAUUUGUUACUGAAAAGCUCACUGCAGUCCUCUCUGUGCUGUUCUCGAGGCCGGUCAGGAUGAGGGCGGCGGCUCAGUUGGUUGCGUUUCUCCUUCCUGUGCUGAUAGCGAUAGCACAGUCAGCACCAGGGAGCGAUGACCCUGUGGUCUCUCUGGAAAAGGGCCAAAUCAGGGGGCAAUACGGGAUGGCGAAAGGCACGGGGAGAAGGGUGGCGCAAUACCUGGGGCUCCCCUUCUCCCGGCCCCCCAUUGGACCCCUCCGCUUUGCUGCUCCCCAGGAUACAGAACCCUGGGAGGGGGAGAAAGAUUGCACUCGCCAGCCUCCCAUGUGCAUCCAAGAUCCAGAAACGGUUGUUAGCGUUUCUAGGACCAUGUCGAUGCGAUACACCCCACCCGAGGUUUCAGAGGACUGUCUGUAUCUGAACAUUUACACUCCAGCCGAGGCAACUAAAGGGGACAAAUUGCCGGUGAUGGUGUGGAUCCACGGAGGAGGUCUGUCAAUGGGUGCAGCCUCUCAGUUUGACGGCGCUCCAUUGGCCGCGUAUGAAAACAUAGUGGUGGUUAUUAUUCAGUAUCGCCUCGGCAUCCUAGGAUUCUUCAGCACUGGAGACGAGCACGCACGGGGAAACUGGGGGUUCAUGGAUCAGCUGGCAGCACUGAGAUGGGUGCAGGAAAACAUCGAGGCCUUCGGCGGUGAUCCACAAACUGUCACAGUGGCUGGAGAAUCGGCAGGAGGAAUCAGUGCAUCAAUAUUGACUCUCUCUCCACAAGCAAGAGGACUGUUUCAGAGGGCAAUUUUUCAAAGUGGAGUGGCAACACUUGGCACCUACACUACAAAACAUCCCCUGGGUCAUGCCAAGAUUGUUGCCAACCUCACUGGAUGCAACUUCAGCAGCACAGAGGAAGUGGUUGCGUGCAUGAGGGGGAAAAGUAAAGAGGAGCUGGUUGAUGCAACUAAAAAGAUGAGAAUCUUCCUGGGAGCCGUGGUGGACGGCGUGUUUCUCACCGACACGGCUGAGGAGCUGCUCAAGAGGAGAGAAGUGUUACGGGUUCCAGUGAUGAUGGGAUUAACCAACCACGAGUUUGGAUGGAUCCUGCCUAAGAUCUUCCUCCCACCCGGCUGGGAGAACGGCAUGAACAGAGAGACCGUGCUGGCACUGAUGAACAUGGUCAACCCUACAGGGGCUUCCUCUGCUAACGAUCUCAUCGCCGACGAGUACAUGAAAGAUGCCCAAACGCCAGAGGAGAUCAGAGAUGCGUUCACCGAGAUCGUGGGAGACCUGCUGAUGACGCUGCCGGUUCUCAACGUGGCCGGAUACCACUCAGAUGCAGGCAUUCCGGUUUACAUGUACGAGUUUGUGUACAGUGCUGACAUUCACAAAAGCAACAGGCCGAGCUUCGUGAAAGCAGAUCAUGCAGAUGAUGUCGGCUUUGUGUUUGGUGCGUGUUUCUGGAGUGGCCACAUCCAAAUCACAGGCAUUAUCACCGCGGAGGAUGAGAGGCUCUGCAGGACCAUGAUGUCGUACUGGGGCAGUUUCACGCGGACUGGGUGAGUAAGCGCAGACAACAAUAUCAUUAGAGCCGAGCUUCAUGUCUUCAUCCAAAUCCAUCAAGAAAGGUUUAAGCAUCUGUCCCCCAGGCUUAACAUCACGUCGUGGCUGGAUGUCAUGUGUACAGUAAUUAAAUUACUUCUAUAAAUACAUUACUACAGUUGUAACACUAGUCAUGAUCACACAUAUUAUCACCGCUGAGCGUGCUCUUCUGCCUAAAUCCUAAAACACUCCCCAAAGUUUGCAGCUUUAGUUGGGCACCACCGGCCCAUUCACAGUGGAAUGAUAGAGGCUCCACCGUAUCCCCGCGGUUCCCCUCAGCUCAUCGGAGCAUGUUAAGUACAAGGUAUGAAGCCAUAAGUAUGCAGGAAACAAAAUGAGUUCUGUGAGGAGCAGGAGGCCCGGUGACCGAAGCAACCCCCGUCUGGGCGGGCCCCCGAGAAUCAAACUUAACGAUUACAAUUUAAUGAAAAGUAAUUUUCUGCGGGAAAAUAACAGUUUAGCUAAAAAACAGGGAACUAA